CUGUUUCUGUUGCACGGGUGCCCGCACACGGCGUUGACGUGGUCGCUCGUGGCGGAGACGCUGCGAUCGCGGCGCGAACGAUGCGAGAUCGUGGACGUCGUCGCGAUGGAUUUGCGCGGACACGGCGAGAGCCAUUCGCACGACGACGCGCUCGGGGAGACGAAGGCGUCGUUCGACGCCGAUGUCAUGGCGCGAGACUGCGCGAAGACGUUGCGGCGAUUCGUCGACGGCGACGCCAGGCGCGUCGUCGUCGUCGGGCACAGCAUGGGAGGCGCGGUCGCGACGCGCGUGGCGAAGAUUUUAGAGACCGAAUUCGGUGUGAGCGACUCGGCGUUGACGCUCGCGGGAUUGGUUUUGAUCGAUAUCGUCGAGGGGAGCGCGAUGAAGGCGCUCCCGGCGAUGGGCGCGCUCGUCGACGCGAGACCGACGACGUUCGCGUCGCUCGCGGAUGCGUUUCAUUGGUCCGCGACGCGAGGCGGCGGGACGAAAAAUCAGCGUUCGGCGUCGUUAUCGCUGCCUUCGCAGUUGCGCGAGACGGACGGCGGCGCGUGGACGUGGCGCGUCGACUUGCGCGAAACCGCGCCGUAUUGGCGAUCGUGGUACGAAGGGCUGUCCAAACGCUUUCUCGCCGUAAAGGCGCCGAAGCUGCUUUUGCUCGCCGGAAACGAUCGUUUAGACACCGAACUGAUGAUCGCACAGAUGCAAGGCAAAUUUCAGAUGACCCUGUUGCCGAACGCCGGGCACGCGAUUCAGGAGGACGACCCCGAAUCCGUCGCCAACGCGCUCGAAAAUUUUCUCGCGAGGUAC